UUCCAGUUACCAAAAUGUCCACAGAUGGUGGUUUUGGCGCAGCUGGCAGUAGCGAUGCUCAGCAGAGUCUUCAGUCUUUCUGGCCUCGGGUUAUGGAGGAGAUACGAAAUCUAACAGUGGACCUAUUAUAAUUGAUAUCUAAGCCAUGGUAUCAAAGAUAAAGGUAUCUCGGAGCCUAAUGACCUACACAAUUGUCUGUGUAUGAACUAGACGAAUUUACUUUGGCUGCGUAUAUGCCGGAUGUUCAACAGGGCAUGGCAAUUGGACCAGUUGCCAGUGGCCUGCUUCCCCCUCCAGACCAUGACCUUUGUCUGUGAGCCAGCCAGCCACUUCACUGGUAAAAAAAAAAACGGGCAGCCCAUUUGUAAAUGGUUUUUAUGCCACGUUGCCAUCUGCUUCAUGCCGAAACUGGCAGCUGGCCACAAGUUCAAGUAAAGGGAAGAAAACUCUUGGCCCCAUGCUGGCAGCCAAUGCUUGUUUUUCUCAUCUUCUGCAUCUUCUUUCUCCUGGUCCUUUUGGUGAAUUUGUUCAACACUUUCUGGUUGUCUAAAGUAUCCCAAAUGAAUGCACUUUCUGUGAACAAGAAUCGGCCUAAAAUGCAGUGUUUGGAAACGGCACUGGUAUACAGUCACCUUCUGGAAUUUGGAAAGGGAUUCGGAGCAAGAUAAAUAGAAAGACUUCAGAGUACAGGAGCUCCCACUGGCUCGUAUUAAGAAGAUUAUGAAACUGGAUGAAGAUGUGAAGAUGAUUAGUGCUGAAGCUCCUGUGCUGUUUGCCAAGGCUGCUCAAAUAUUCAUAACAGAAUUGACGUUACGGGCAUGGAUACACACUGAAGACAACAAACGCAGGACACUGCAGAGGAAUGACAUAGCCAUGGCAAUUACCAAAUUCGAUCAAUUCGACUUUCUCAUUGAUAUUGUUCCAAGAGAUGAACUGAAGCCUCCAAAACGCCAGGAAGAAGUGCGUCAGGCUGUGACUCCAGCCGAACCUGUCCAGUACUAUUUCACUCUUGCUCAGCAGCCUGCUGCAGUACAGGUACAAGGGCAACAGCAAGGACAACAGACCACCACAUCUACAACUACCAUCCAACCAGGACAGAUAAUCAUUGCUCAGCCUCAGCAGGGGCAGACUACCCCAGUGACCAUGCAGGUUGGCGAGGGUCAGCAGGUACAGAUUGUCCAGGCACAGCCCCAAGGACAAACGCAGCAGGCUCAGAGUGGAACUGGGCAGACUAUGCAAGUCAUGCAGCAGAUCAUCACCAACACUGGAGAAAUCCAGCAAAUACCGGUUCAGUUGAAUGCUGGCCAGCUGCAGUACAUCCGCUUAGCUCAGCCUGUGUCGGGCACCCAGGUGGUCCAGGGACAGAUCCAGACACUUGCAACUAAUGCACAGCAGAUCACACAGACAGAAGUCCAGCAAGGACAGCAGCAGUUCAGCCAGUUCACAGAUGGACAGCAACUCUAUCAGAUUCAGCAAGUAACUAUGCCUGCAGGUCAGGAAAUCACCCAGCCCAUGUUUAUUCAGUCCACCAAUCAGACCUCUGAUGGACAAACAACACAGGUGACGGGGGACUGAAAAGCUGCACUAGCAAGUAUUCUGUGGGUGUGGAAACUGGCUCACACCAGCCUAACUUCUGCCAUACCAACCUCAUCUGAUGAUCACAUCCUCUUCUGUGUAUCUGUACUUGAUAUUAAGCCUAUAGUAGGCUAUGAUCUCUGGCGCAUUAUAUGCCCUUCUCUGAUGGGUAUGAGAGAACAUCCAACAGAAACUGGAAAGGAUGCAAUAUUUUUUUUUUUAAGGAAACCAAUAUUUCAACAUAUUCCACUGCUUGUUCAAGCCUAUGAAACUGAAAAUAAUUAAGCAAAAAGAAAUGUAUAGCAUCAUAUUGGACAAUGUAGUCGAACAUUUUUUUUUUCUCCAGUAAAAUUUUUUUAAAGGGUACUGCGUUUUGUUUUCCAAAAGAGCUUUAUUUCCAGUAUCCUGUUUGUACUCGACUCUGAAUAGAACUAGACAAAGUCAUCCCAUCCUGUUAGCUCAGUAGGGGUGUGCGUGCGUGUGUUUUGGGAGACUUUCCUCUCCUGCCUCCUUUUUUGGUAAGCUUGAACAUUGGAUAUUUGCAGCUUUUGGAAAAAAAACAUUCCUUGUGUUACGAGAAAAGUAUUUUCUAAGGACAAAAGAGGCUUUAACUUGGCCUGGUUUAUUCCAGAAACACUAAGGGAAAUCUGGAAACAAAAAAAUGUUGCUAACUGUUGUGAUAGUUUGUCAGUGCAUGUAUUAUAAGCUUCAUAAAAUGCAAUAAAUUUUCUUUUUAGAUAA